AUGGACGAGAUUCAGAGAAGAAAUGCCUAUCGUUUUGUGGCUUAUUCGGCUGUCAGCUUCUCAGUGGUCGCUGUUUUGUCGCUCUCCAUCACCCUCCCAAUGAUGUACAACUACGUGCACGGCAUCAAAUCUCAAAUCGAUCAUCAAAUCUCCUUCUGUCGUGCCACCGCCCGUGACAUCUACUCGGAAGUCAACCAUAUCCGCACUCAUCCAAACAACUCAACCAUCCGUCGUGAGAGACGUCAAGCCGAUUCAUGCUCAGGUUGUUGUCUUCCUGGAGCCGCUGGUCCUUCUGGAACACCAGGAAAACCUGGACGCCCUGGACGUCCGGGUGCCGCUGGACUACCAGGAAACCCUGGAAGACCACCUGCACAACCAUGCAAUCCAAUCACUGCACCACCGUGCCGUCCAUGCCCACAAGGACCUGCUGGAGCCCCAGGAUCACCUGGACCACAAGGAGAUGCCGGAGCCCCAGGAGCCCCUGGAUCAGGAUUUGGAACUGGAGCUCCAGGACCAGCUGGACCAAAGGGGCCACGUGGAGCACCAGGAGCUCCAGGAAAUGCGGGUGCUCCAGGACAACCAGGAACAGAUGCUCAUGGAGGAGGAUCUUCUCAAGGUGCACCAGGAGCCCCUGGACCACAAGGACCACCAGGACCUGCAGGAUCACCAGGAUCCCCAGGAGGGCCAGGAACACCAGGAGCACCAGGACCAAAGGGACCAUUGGGAGCACCAGGACAGCCAGGAGCCAAUGGAAAUCCAGGAGCACCUGGAAACCCAGGACAAGCAGGAGGAUCUGGUAAUAGAGGUGUAUGUCCAAAGUAUUGCGCGAUUGACGGAGGAGUCUUCUUCGAUGAUGGAACUUUCAGAAGACGUUAA